AUGGGUGGUGGAGUGGUGGUGAUUACAAGUUUUUUGAGGAUGGGUGGCGGAGUGGUGGUGAUUACAAGUUUUUUGAGGAUGGGUGGCGGAGUGGUGGUGAUUACAAGUUUUUUGAGGAUGGGUGGCGGAGUGGUGGCAGAGCUAGGUUAUUUUCCGAUGCAAAGGAAGAGAGAUGGUGGAGAUGGGGUCCAAAGCGAUUUUGAUGUGGGAGAGAUGAGGAUGAGGAAAGUGACGACGAUUAUCUAUUAUUUUUUAGGGUUUAAGGGUAUUAGUGAGAGAAAAUUAGAGUAUAGAGGAAAAUUAAGAAUGGGAGAGAAUCAUAUCAAGUUCGCCAAAAAAAGUUCUGACAUGGUAUUUAACAGUGCGUUGAUCGCAUCGGUGGCCACCGUCUCCGCCGAUGUAUGGCAAUCGGUAGCAUGUAUCUCCGAUCGAAUUACCAGCCGCGAAUUGUUAGAUCUGGUGGUUUGUUUUCCGCUCCAACUGUUAGGCCGUUUUAUGCUUUGUAUUUGGACCUGUUUCUGUGUUCCUCUAUCUCCUACUGAUUCUAUUUUUUCUUACGCUUAUAAUGAUGAUGAUGAUUGGGAUUCGGAUUUCGAUUCUUAUAUGAGUUCCUCCGAAGACGAAGUAUUUUUGGAUUACGAUCAUUGA